CUAGGAAAAAUGGUGACACCAGACUGGGUUUAUGAUUGGCCCAUGAACUCCAGCUUCCAAGUGGGUCUGCUACACCAUAAUUUGAUGGAUAAACUGAUAAAUAAUAUGAUAUGAGAGAGAGAGAGAGAGAGAGAGUUGGCGCUAACUGAGCAGAGCCAUGUGAGCCUUAUCAAAGGUAGGCCCUCUGGGCAUACCCAACAGCCAAUCUCCUGGCAUCACUCCCACUUGAUCAUGACCACGCUGGAAAGUGAUAUCACUUUUGCUCUUGAUAACUCUAUAAAUACCCACACCAAGAAAGCCCUCAAACUCCAAAGUUCUCAGUCACAAACUUACACAAGUGCUACAACUUCUAAUACUAGCUAGUUCUCUCUAUAUCAAUAAAAUCUCAUCCAGAUAUAUACACUCACUAUUUCUCUCACACCAAUUGUGUAUUAGUCAUGGGGGUCCGUAUGCUAUCCAUGAUUGCCAAUGCCAAGCAACUUCUCAAACUUCACUCCAUCCACACAAGAAAUCAAUCUGAUGUUCCAAAAGGCCACAUUGCAGUGUAUGUGGGAGAAAUCCAAAGAAAGCGGUUUGUGGUUCCCAUAUCAUACUUGAACCAUCCUUCAUUCCAAUACCUGCUUAAACGAGCUGAGGAAGAGUUUGGAUUCAAUCAUCCAAUGGGUUGUCUAACAAUUCCAUGCAAAGAGGACGCCUUCAUCAAUCUCACUUCUCAAUUGCAUGCCUCAUGAAAAGAAGAACAUAGAGCAAUCCUCCAAAAUUUUGAUAAUCUUUUGUAGUAGACUAUAGUAGUGGUAAACCCAAUAUAUGAUACUUUUCAAC